AUGACCGAAACUAAAUCCGUCGGCGAAGAGACUCCUACGAGAAAAACGGCUAGAAAGCCUGUUCCUAAUCGACAACGCGGAAGUCCUGUUGAAGUCUCCCGGGUUACAAAGUCCACUUCUGCCAAUACUAUUGAGGCGACGGAGGCGGACUCUGAUGGGGAGGCGGUAAUCAGUAUACACUCGGACAGCGACGACAAGUCUUUCCCGGAGUUUGCAUCUCAGGUUCGCAAGGUUGGCGGAAGCAGACACACGCCGGUAAAACCCAAGCGCCGCGACGCCAAAGGCAAAAGUCGGGCCAUUGUCAGGUCAGAGGAUGACCAAAGCGAGCCGGAUAUAGAAGUCGCCCAAGCUAAGAAGAAAAGCAGUGGCACCCGGGGGAAAAGUACCUCCCAAAACGUUCUCCAGGAAGAGUUAGAGGGCGAAGAUGAAGAGUUCCCGUCAAUUUCUGAAUUGGCCGCGUCAACCGUGCAAGUUAAGGGUCCGGCUGUCACCCACGUCGAUAAAAAAAUUUCCGUCAGAGGUACCAAGCGCAAGACGGAGAUCCAAGAGCACGCCGAAGGAGACCAUGACAGCGGUGUGGAAGAGAUUUCGGUGAAGCCAAAGGAUAACAAAUCGGCUAAACGGACUAAGACUACCGGCAGCCCUGACAAACCCUCGAUGAAAGGACACAAUAAUGAUCGCAAGCCUGAAGUCAAACGUGAGAAGACCCCAUCUCCUACUCCGGCAGGCGGCAACGUCGAAGACGGAGAUGGUCUCCCCAUUGUGAAAGGCUUUGGUAGCGACGAUGAAAAUAACAGGGAGCAAGAUGAAGAAGAGGAUGUGGUAGAAGUCCCCGUUAUUAGAGGUCGUCAGUCUCCAGUUACCCCGGAACCUGCCGUAGCGGCUCCGGUUGUACCGACGGUUCCCGAUCCCACUUUAAUCGAGGAAUUGAUGGAUCCCCUUCUGAGGGAUACUUAUAACAAUCUCCCGCACUUGCAGCGAUUGGGCCUGUUGGAACCUUCCUAUGGCCGAUACAGCGACGGCGGACAGGUAAUGUUCAGUGGUUGGCGUAGCAUUGUCAAGUGCUAUCUGCACCCGGGGUGCCAAACCGCCUUGGAGGGAAAGCAAUGCAAGCACAUGGAUGAAAUCAUGCAGUACAUCAAGAUGGCCAUCGUCUUUGACCGCAAAGACACAGCGCGAGACCGGUUCAUUAAUCUGUCCAGGAUUUCCCCCGAUAUCUUACUUGCUUCCACGGCGAAAGGGGCCACCUUGCAUGUGAAGCCCCUAAUAAGCAGACCGGCUCUGUGCACCUCCGUGAUAUUGGUACGCGAGUCCCAUUUAACGUCCUAUAUACAACACGGGGACUACGUCCAGAAGUACAUUUCCGGUAUUUUUCAUACCAUUGAAUGGGAGAGGUUUGCCGCGGUGGUGUGUGAAGCAUAUAACCGUCCUGAUGGCAUGAAGACUCGACUCCAAGGGAGUGUAAUCCAAUUUACCAGUAGAUCUGUCAAGGUGUCCGACUUGGAUGGUGGUAAUGAUGAGCCUUUGCCCGCUCAAGACAUCCCCGGCUUGUUCAGUCCCAAGAAAUCCGGUCGGACGGAAAAGGCUUCUAAAUCCUCGUCUUCUUCCAAGGCGCCUGGUACUCUGAAACCCGUCUUAGAACCGACAGACUUUAUUCCUGUAUACGAUGCACGUCUUGAGAUUCUCGACAGACCCCUUGAUUUCAAGAAACUAAUUGGUGACAUUCCCUCUCUGAAUUUGCCAUUGUACCGUAAGGAGAUCCGUCCCCUUUCUGCUGCCUUGGUAGUAUAUACGGUGGGGCAAUGGUACGGUGGAACAGGGCCGGUAAAAUAUCCUAAUCUGUCUUUGAACGUGCAGUGGGUAGUGCUUCUCAGUAGUCCUCCCAUGUAA